UUUAUAAUUUUAAAAUAUGUUUAAUCAACAGGUACCAUGAUAUGUGCAUACUUGGUUCAUAGUAAGUUCUUGAAUACAGCAGAUGAAGCCUUGGCUUUUUAUGAUGAAAAGCGUACAAUAGAUCGGAAAGGUGUUACAAUUCCAUCGCAACGUAGAUAUGUUCAGUAUUAUUCAAAUUUAAUCCCAGAUAUACAUUAUGAAGUAGUCAGUCUUUACAUUUCUGAAAUCCGUUUUUCUGAGGCAAAUUACUUGCAUAAUAUUGGUACAGUGCAAUGUUCAAUUUCCGAUAGGAAAGAGUUUACACCAGAGAAACUUACGGCGCAUGAACUGAAAACAUGGGAAAUCAAUUUCCAAAAAACUUCGAUAUUGGACAUAACUAAUUCGCCUUUGAUGGUUUCGGGUGAUAUUAAAGUUGAGCUUACUCAAAAGUCGUCAAGAAAGAUGAUUUGCAGUUUUUGGGUUAAUACAUUCUUUAUGCAAAAUGAUGCGGUUCGCAUUAUUGAUGGAAGUACCGUAAAAUUUAUGCAUACUUUAAAUAAAUCCGAAAUUGAUGGUGCACAUAAAGACAAAGACCAUAAAUCUUUUUCGGAGGACUUUAAGAUCUCUCUCGUAUUUAUAAAUGAAGAAAAACGCACGGACAGUAUAAACGCUGAAUCCUCAGUAGAUAACAGUAGGAGCAAUAAUAAAAGCUCAGAAUUUCUUCCUGGUGAUAAUGAUACGAAUCUAAGCAGUGAGGGCUCUGUUUUAAACUCUCCGUCCUCAAGUCGUUUGUUUGAAGGUACAUUUCAAACCAGUGAUGAAAGAAGUGAGGGGCAAUCUCACCUAAUAGCAAAUAGCAGAAAACUAACUAAAAUUCAACAUAAAAAGUCAGCUAUCUCAAAAUUUCCUGCAAUGGCAUCUAAACGAAAACAAUCGUCUUCAAAAUGUCUACAAAGUGCUGAUAGUACCUCGUCAGGCAAGGACAACAAAAAACAGCACAUUUUUAAUCAACCGUCCGGUAAACAAAUCGAAAUGGUGCCAAAUAAUUGGACCAGUAACAUGUAUGAAAAAGCCUCAGAGGGUCUACAUAUAUUUGAUCGAUGUAAUAUUUCCAAUAAUUCUGGCGGAGAUAAAAUUUUCGGACAGAAAUCACACAAUAAUUGCAAACGUUCAUCUUCUGAUUUAAAUCAAAGUAGUGAAGAAGGAGACGAGGAUUGGGAAUCCGGUGAGUACCUCAGUAACAUUUUUUUGUGUACCUUUACAAUUUUGUAUCUGAAUUCCCAUGACGAAAAAUACGAAUUUCGAUUACUUAUUAAAGUUUUGGUUUAA